UUUACAUCUUUCAAUGACACAACUUCGAUCCAACAUGGCCGCACGCGGAGAGGGACGCUAGCGAAAAGCCCACAGCUCACGCGACACAUCUUUGCACAGUGGCGUUAGGUUUUUCUUCCAUUUCGAAGUGGAAUUCCCGUGUCGCGAUGUGGCCGCCGCUUCACGGGCUCUGUUCGCUGAGCCGGACGGGAGGCGCGAUGGCUGCUUUGCUCAAACUGUCGAGGCGCGGGGACAAUGCUAACGUCCGUCCCUCCACGCGCUCAGCCGGACUGUCUGCUCACACGUGCGAGGCGCUGCUGUUCAGGAAACACGGGGACCCUCCUCGGGUCGUCCGGUUGGAGGAUAUAGAUCUGCCCCCCAUGGGUGCAAAGGACGUCCUGGUUAAAAUACUCGCAGCUCCUAUCAACCCGUCUGACAUCAAUAUGAUUCAAGGUACUUAUUCCAUUCUGCCCGACCUCCCUGCUGUUGGGGGCAACGAAGGAGUGGCCCAAGUCCUCGAGGUGGGCAGCCGGGUGACCUCCCUCAAAACUGGAGACUGGGUCAUCCCAAGAGAUACUGGUCUAGGGACAUGGAGGACAGAAGCAGUGCUAGCUGAAGACGAUGUUAUAUCUUUACCGAAUGACAUUCCCCUGCUGUCUGCCGCCACGCUGGGGGUAAACCCCUGCACUGCCUUCAGGAUGCUCUCCGACUUUGAACAUCUUAAGCCGGGCGAUACCGUGAUCCAGAAUGCAGCCAACAGUGGAGUGGGGCAGGCUGUCAUACAGAUUGCUGCUGCAAGAGGAGUAAACACCAUCAAUGUCAUCCGUGACAGGUCAGAGUUCACACAGCUCAGUGAUAGGUUGAAGGCCAUCGGAGCAACUCAUGUGAUCAAAGAAGAGGCGCUGAGGCGACCUGAGAUGAAGGAACUGUUCAAGACAUGUCCUAAGCCAAAACUGGCAUUAAAUGGAGUCGGAGGCAAGAGUGCAACAGAACUUCUCCGUCAUCUACAGAUUGGAGGCUCUAUGGUGACAUAUGGAGGGAUGGCCAAACAGCCAGUUACUGUCCCUGUGAGUGCUCUUAUUUUCAAGGAUGUGAAAGUUCGGGGAUUCUGGGUCACACAGUGGAAGAGAGAUCACUCAAACGAUGAAAGGGCAUUUAGAGCCAUGCUGGAUGAACUGUGCUCCCUCAUCCAGCAGGGAAAGCUGACCGCUCCUGCCUGCUCUGAGGUGGGACUCAAGGACUACAACAAAGCUCUUGAAGUAGCUAUGACGCCUUUCACUUCGGCCAAGCAGGUCCUAAUCAUGUGAACCUACUGAUCUUUAACUAUGAACCACAUUGUUAAGACCACAGUGUGUGGACUAAAGUGUAUGUUUUAUCUGUCAAAUACACCGUUAAAGCACAUACAGUACUCAAUAAAUGUGACUUCACAACAGA